AUGUCUCGUGCAUGUACUUCAAAUGAAAUUUGGUGGGCAAGGAUUUUGGAUAAGAUUGAUGAAACUGUACAUAAUUAUCCAAAAUUACCAAAAAAGCCAUUAGCAGUAUGCAGUUUGCCAUUCCAAAUUGGCUCGAAUAUAACGAUCAAAAAUUAUAACACUUUUCUUAACAACUAUGGUUCAGAGGGAUAUAAAUUCUAUUUCGAGUUAAAUGCUGACAAUAAAACUGGUAGCAUAUAUAUAAUUGGUAUGGCAACAAAAGUACAUGAGGUUGUUGUUAAUCUGCUUCAAAAUUUUUUCAAAGUUCCUAACAGAGGAGUUAUUUACAACCCUCCUAUAGUAGUAACAGGACAACCUCGUGGGGUUGAAAUAGCUCCUGAUGUUGCCGUAUAUCCAAACACAGCACUUGUUCCAAGACCU